CACCGCCCCGCAGCGCGCAGCAUGGGCGAACGGCGGCCGGCGGCGGCGGGGGGGGCGGCCGCCCCGCGCUGAGCCCGGCCGCCCCGACCCCAUCCCGACCCCGGUCGCAGCAGCCGCUCCGCCGCAUGUCCGGGCCCGGGGCGCAGAGCCGCAGCCGGCGGCUGCCCGGUGACAUGGAGCAGGCACAGAGGAGCCUGGACACAGAGCAGAUGCAGCAGCAGCAGCUGAAACUACGGGACCGGCAGAAGUUCUUUGAGGAGGUUUUCCAGCAUGACGUGGAUUUCUUCUUCCCUAUGUCUCAUCUGCAGAUAGAGCAUCGGAGACCCCCCUUAGGCAGCAUUUCCUCCAUGGAGGUGAACGUGGACAUGCUGGAGCAGAUGGACAUGAUGGACCUGUCAGACCAGGACACCGUGGACGUGUUUCUGGGCUGUGGGACAGAGGAAAGCAGUGUUGCUGGGCCCCUGCCAGGAGCAGAUACCCACCAGCGCCCAGAGGAAAUCACCCUGCAAGUGCCCAAUGCAGCCGAGAGCAAGUCACGCAUUUCCUCCACGUCUUCUGUCUCCACGGAUCUGAAUAGCCUGGACACCAGUGAGGAGGGGGCCGAGACCCCCGUGGUGCAGUCAGAUGAGGAGGACCUGCAGGAGGACAGUGCCAAAGAGCAGGUGGCAAGAAGCUAGCAGCCAGCUCAGCCCUGCUCCCAGCCUCCUCCAUACAGACCUGCCAGCCCAGAGGAAGCAAAGGUGCUGGCACUCAGUAAACCCCAUCCUGGACUGCUGCCCUGCAGGAGGGGAGAGGUGGUUUUCCCCUCCUCUCCCUCCACAGGUUCUACUGGCAGCCAAAGGAAAAGGAAGGGGGUAUUGUAGGCUCCCAAAAUUAACUCUUCAGGCUUUGCUGCUAACACUCCCUGCUUCAUUCCCCAAAAUGCUCAGCAUCCCACAGCCCCACCAUUCCCAGAAAGCCAUCCCUUGGGAUCCCAGUUCCCCCGUCCUACUGACAAAGGUCCUGUCCAGACAAGCAUUUAAUGAUGGCAUACAAAGAAAUAACACUCCAGUCUAAACAA